AUGAAUAUGUUGGAUGAUGAAGAUGACCAAAGCUUUCACGCUACGCGUGACGGCUACUCCCAUUUGAGCGAUGUCGAAUGGGAUGCGGUUGAACGAAUGGGUUCGACCAUGGGCAUCCAUGCUGUUAGCGUCAUGCCAGAGGCUCUCAAUAGAGAUGCCCAACAUGCUACUAUCGCCAAGUUCAUUCAAAAUGAACUUGACGCAGAACGCGAGAAAGUAGCCUUGCUUCACCAACAAGGUUCUCAACAAGCAGAGUUGUUGAGAGAACAAGGUGCUCAACAGUUUGAACUGUUGAGACAGCAGCAGGCUGCUGCUGGCGGGUCGAUGCACUCGCGUCGGCCCGAGACUUUGAAGAUUGACAUCUCAAAGUAUAGGGGGGUCGAAGAAGACUCCCUCUUGAGAUGGUUCGUCGAAUUGGACGACGCCAUAAGGGCGCGUCGCAUCGACGACGGGGAUAUGCAAGUUGCAUUUGCCCAGUCAAAUCUGGCAGGACGUGCCAAGACUUGGGCACUGGGGCUCAAGCUGCACGACCCAUAUGCGUUUGGGUCGUUGGAAGUCUUCAAGUCGCGGCCUCAGACAAACGUUUGA